AAAACAAACGUUGCAAACACGGUGCAGGGCGAGGAGACGGAACGAGGUCGGCACAUGAAGUUAGCAGACAGUUAGCAUGGACUCUACAGGACAAUAUUCCUAACCUGGAUGAAUUCUUUCCAUCUGUGGAGACUUCCGGACUAGAGGAAUAUUAAUAAGACAGGAAAGGACGGGGACUGAAGGUUUAGGACAGCCUCCAGCUCAUCUGUGGGACGAGACCCUUCUGACUUCAGGACGUCCGUCUGGAAUUAGUUCCCCCUGAAGAACAAGAAUGAGUUCUCCACAAAAGAAACAGAGAGAAGGAGAGGGACCCAAAUGUCACCACUGUCAGCACUGUGACAAAUCCUUCACAACAUCUACAUAUUUUAAGAUUCAUCAGAGAGUUCACACUGGAGAGAAUCUACACAGCUGUGAUCAAUGUGGGGCAGCAUUCACACGACAGGUUAAACUUAAAAGACAUCAACACAUUCACACUGGGGAGAAGCCGUACAGCUGUGAUCAAUGUGGGGCAGCUUUCACACGACAGAGUAACCUAAAAACCCAUCAACGCCUUCACACUGGAAAGAAUCUACACAGCUGUGAUCAAUGUGGGGCAGCUUUCAUACGACAGAGUCACCUAAAAAACCAUCAACGCAUUCACACUGGAGAGAGGCCAUACAGCUGUGAUCAAUGUGGGGCAGCUUUCACACAACAGGGUGACCUAAAAAACCAUCAACGCAUUCACACUGGAGAUAAACCUUACAGCUGUGAUCAAUGUGGGAAAACUUUUUCUCUUAGUAGUAGCCUUAAAAGACACCAGCUUAUUCACACUGGAGAGAAGCCGUAUUGCUGUGAACAGUGUGUGUCAACCUUUUCUCAGAGUAGUCACCUUAAAAGACACCAGCGCAUUCACACUGCCUCGUAGUGAACAUGUUUCAGAGCCAAGCUGUUUCCUCCUGCCUCCUCCUCAUGCCUUGAUAGCUGUGUUAUAUUCUAUAAGGCUGACCAGCACUAACUUUAUCUUCUGAACAGCAUGCAUGUUAUCUUGGCUACGACUACAUAUUACCCUUUGAAGGGAUUAAUUCUCAAAAUUAGCUUUUGUUCCUGUAAUAAAAUAUUUUGAUUUCAGGGUUCAAGUCCUAGCGCUAUUUAACUAAUGCUGCAACAAAGGAGUAUUUGUUCUUAAUUUUGGAUGUUUAUGUGAAAGAAAGCAACAUGGAAUAACCCAGAUAAAAAAAAAUUGUUUUACAAUAUUUAAUUAUUACAAAAGCGUUGAAUUUAAUAUCACUUUUGAUGUCGUUAAAGCCUAUUUUAGGGGUGAUGAAGCUACCCAAAAAAGUUCCUAAGCUCCCCCAAAUAAUGUUUUAUUUAUAUUUCACGAACUGUCAGCUGGUGGAAAAUGCAGAGACGGAGGCUCAACGAGCGCCUGCGUGCACGUAACGGUAUGUGGACGAGUGAGGUAGAAAGUGACUGAAGAGAGAAGAGCGCAAGGCGGCAUAAAAAACAAAGCAGUAAAUCUGAGAAAUAAAACGUUUUCACCGAUUCCUCACUCGAAAUGUAACUGUAGCAAGCUUCUCACUAUCACUAACGUUAUCCACAUUCCUAUUUAGAAACAACAAAUAAUAUAUCCAGCUACAAAAAGG